UAGCUUUGAUGCUAACUUGAUAGCAGCGUUGCUUCCCUUUGUCAGAGGACUGACUUCCGUUUUUGUGUUUUCUCCAGGUUUCUGGAAAUCGCUGUUUAUUGAGACGCUACGAUUUCUGCCUCCUUGUUAAGCAGUAGUAAUUGUGCGUGGUUUUCGAGAGGGAGCUGGUAAAAGAUCCCCCACUUCAGCUUAAAUCGAGUUUGAGUUCAUUUUCUAUCAGCCUUUAAAAACUGUUUACCUUGCUAGCUGGCUCGAAUCAGCCAGCUGAGAAAUCACCUAGCAUGUUUCGGUUCUUGAGUGACGUUGAUGAAGAUCCCUAUAUGAUUUUACCUUCACCUAUGGAUCCGUUUGCAGCUCACAGGCAGCAGAUGAGGAGUCUGUUUGGACCAUUUGGGAUGGAGCCUUUCCCUCUUGCUCCUCAGAUGCAGCCACAUCGUGCAUCACGCAGACAGGCUGGCCCUCUGGCUCCUUUUGGCAUGAUGGGAAUGGGUGGAGGGUUCAUGGAUAUGUUUGGCAUGAUGGGAGAAAUGAUGGGAAACGUGGACAGAAUGUCUGGUUCACCAAACUGUCAGACGUUUUCCUCCUCAACAGUGAUCUCAUAUUCGUCAACAGACCCAGGGGCUCCUAAAGUUUAUCAGCAGACCAGUGAAACAAGGACGGGCCCAGGGGGGAUCCGUGAGACGCGGCAGUCGGUGAGGGACAGCGAGAGCGGCCUGGAGGGUCUUGCCAUUGGCCACCACAUUGGAGACCGUGCACACAUAAUGGCGCGUUCACGAAAUCGCCGCACUGGAGACUGUGAAGAACGGCAAGACUACAUUAACCUGGAUGAGAGUGAGGGUCCAGCAUUUGACGAGGAGUGGAGAAGAGAAGCAGGAAGAUACGCUCCCCCGAAUGCUCGUGGGUUGGACUACGGCCGCGAUCGACGAGGAGGCGGCCAGCAGCUCGCUCUUACCGCUCCUCCCAGUUCAACGUCCCCACCAGGUCAUCGGCACGAGUCCCCCAGACACCGUCAGCCCCAAACCCGCCCACGUUACGACUGGUGAGAAGGUGUUCCGUAUAACAAUGCGACCAGAUUGAAGGAGUUGAGGAUUUCCCUGAUGCUGUGAACCACGAUGAGGACGGGAAGUUGAUGCCCGCCAUAAAUGUUUGAUAUGACUGGACUGUCUUUACAUGAACAACAUAUUACACACACACACACACACACACACACACACAAUGGUUAGAGUUUAAAUUCGUUACUCUUACACACACAGACACACUUACAAACGCCCCUGUGUAAACAUGGGUAUAACUACACUCACUUAAUGUAUAAAUAUAUAUAAACACUCAUUCUCUAAACUUGACAUGUGUCUUUGCCCACUGCACUAAAGUGCUACAGUAUACAGUACAUCUGCUGUACAAUCCAUUUUAUGUUUGUGAAGACACUCGUGUGUCGGUGAAUUGAAUUGUAUACUGAUAACUAAUUAAUGUAAUAAAUAAAAAGUUCAUUAAACAUUGUUAGAUAAUUGCAAA